UACGCGCCCUACUUGGACAUGGAAAGAAUCCAAGAUGGCCGACGAAGAGUGAAAACAGAAGUUGUUCAGCAUUUGGACAAUUAAUCCGCUGGUCUAUUCAAUACCAUCGCGUGUUAUAGGAAAGUAAUCAUACUCAAAAUUAAGAUAUACAUUUGUCGUCAAAUUCUUUGAUUAAAUUGGGUAUUGGUUCAUAUCUGGCGUCCUUACAGCAGCGUUGAGAAAGCUAGCUAGCUACGGACUACCGCGUCACGUCAGCAGCCUGCUUUGUGUUUUGCAUUACUGGCUAGCUGUACGUUAGCUAGCCCGCCAGUCUACGAAGGGUAUCGUAUCUAAAAUAUAUUUAUGGAUUUUAAAGAACUGUUCCUCAAUCGGUUAUCCUCGCACUAAUUUCGUGACUUAUAGCUAGCUACCGAUUUAACAAAAAUACGUAUUUGCGGUUGUCCAGAAAGCUAGCACUACUCUCUUUAACACGGACGUUAUUGAACUAGUAGAGAGCAACUUUUGCCUCGCUUAUCUGUUCGACAAGCGUCUGGACAAAGCUGCCAUGGAGCCGAAGCGUGGAUACAGCAAGAAUGCUCACAGCAGCAGCGACUCCAGCAGCAACAGCCCGGCGUCACCGGGAGGCGGCAAGACAGCCACAGCGAACGCGUUUGCCAACGACGGCAGCUUCAUGGAGAUGUUCAAGAAGAAGAUGGAGGAGGAGCGGAGGAAAAAACAACUCGAGCCGGGAUGCAGCGACAAAAGCAGCGCCGAGGAGGGCCAGUCGACCCCGGAAAAGAAGCCGCCUCCCCUGACCAGCUUUGUGGGAAAGCGGCGCGGCGGUGCCAAGCUGGCCCUCAAGACUGGCAUGGUCGCCAAGAAGCAGAAGCUGGAUUCUAAGGAGUCGGGGAAGUCAGACGCCUGGUCGAUGUACAUGGCUGAGGUGAAAAAGUACAAAGCCCACCAGUGUGGCGAUGAUGACAAGACCAGGCCACUGGUCAAAUAGACGCACGGCGGCAGCCAUGUUGGUGAGGUCACCUGACCUCCCCUGGACUACCGGGCUGGCAGCUGCGUCUUAGUAAACGUCUGUCUUCAUGUUUUACCUCGGAGGUUUUUGUUUAUACCUUUUUAUUUGGUUCUAAUGUUUGUCUUCAGCUCCGAGGGCAGAUCAACAGCGACUAGAUAAAGACAUUUAGGGGUGUGUCGUCUGAGCUGGUCGGUCUAGCCCCAGAGUUGCUCUCUAGUGAUGUUGUUCCUGACUCCCUGAUCACAAAGACGUUAACACUGCCGAACGUGGAGUCUGACCGAGGUUUGACCCCUGACCCCUCCUCAACGUCGACUUCCUGUCAGCCGUGACAGAGGGCUGGUGGAGGCUCUGUCCCAGAGGACGCUGUCUGGGAUGGAGUGGCUAGCUGGGGUUGUGUCUGGGGAGGGAACCUGUUCAAUAAACAUGUUUUGAUGAA